AUGGCUGCGGCAUGGCUAAAGCCGGGCGUCCACCGAAAGCGGUGCUGUGCUGUGCUGGGUGGAGCGGCGUUGAGCGGUGCUGGGUUGCCAAUGCAUUCUUAUGAAGUACCGUCCACUAAAGCUGGGGCGCUGUGCGGCGAGACAAGCUAUGUCGUGCGGGGCCGCAUGACUUCGCUUUGUGUUCGAUUGACGCUGUGCGGAGACGGGCAAACUCGUUUUGUUUUUUUUUUAUUAAUUACGAUAAAAAUGGAACAAUUCAUUGAAACUGUGAGAUUAAAUCCUUGCCUAUGGAAAGUAGAUGAAAAGAACUAUAAAAGUCAAGACGCACGUGAUAUUGUCUGGGAAGAAGUCUCAAAAAAGUGCAAUAUAACAGACGGAAAAGAGGCUAAACGGGUAUGGAAAAAGUUAAGGGAUUCUUUCAGGGACGCUUUAAAAAGGCAAAAUGAAUGUAAAAGUGGGGACGCAGCACCUGCGGGUAAAACGGUUGUGGGUAUACCAAAAACAAAUGGAAUUUUUGAUUCCAUAUAUGACCAACCGAAAAAGAUGUUCCAACGUAGCUGACACGCAAUCAUCAAACGAAAAUACAAUGGAAACAUGGCCACAUGAAGAAAUACAAACUCAAAACGAACAAUCACACAGUGACUUUGAACACACGGUAGUGACUGACGAAGAAACUCAAAUAAGUAGUAGAGAAACCCAAGAGAAAAAUCCUGAGUUUAUAGAGCCUGUUAAGAAGAAAAAAAGUCAAUGGCAAGAAAACGUUGUAUCGAUAAUGAAACAACAAGCUGAAAAAAGGGAGGCUAGGGCUGCUGAGCGAGACGCUCAAAGAAAAGAAUUUGAACAAAAAUUGCGGUCGAAUGAUCCUCUUAAGGAAUUUUUAAACAGUAUGUAUUUAACAACAGCUGCUAUGCCUCCACAUUUACAAGUUUCCAUUAAGCGAAAAAUAUUUGAUACUGUUACUGAGGCGGAACUGAGUAAUUUUACGAGCCACGCCAGCAGCAGCACUGGUACUCACGGUUCCCAACAUUACUUUCACACACUACAGCCACCCCAACAUUCGAACUCAAUUUAUAAUAAUCAUAAUCAUCAUCAUCAUACUUCUACUCCGCUACCGUCACCACAAUCAACAUCCAACCAGUCAUCAAGCGACGAAACUGCAGGAAGCUACUUUGGAAAUUGGAAUUUAGAUAAUCCAUAAUUAUUAUAUUAAUAUUACUAUUAGCUAUUAUAGCAGAAAUAUUAAUUAUUUAUUUAAUACCUAUUAGAUUAUUUUUUUAUGAUGGAAUAAAUUUGUGUCAGGAAAAACUAAAAAUAUUACUUUUAAAUAAUCAAAAAAAUAACUUACCUUAAACAUACACCCAAACGCUCCUCUGUUGUGACACUUUCUCGGUAGUUCGUAUUAAGCUUUAUAAUUUCAAAUCUUAUUAAUUCAUGAAUUUCCACAAACUGAGCUCUAGAAAGCCUAAAGUAAUUUUUAAACUGCUCAUCACUUAACACUGGAAUUAAUUUAUGAAAUUCGCCAAAUUGUUUUCGCUCUACUAAAUGAUUUGAUAUCCAAAAUCUGUGUUUUCUUUUAUCCGCCAUAAGCAUACAACUUAAUAAAUUAUUUGUAUGCUCAUCUUCGGAAUCAUCCUCUUCUGAACUUAAAUCAAAAAGAUUCUUUUCAAUUUCUAUAUUAUUAAACAUAAUUAAAAGAUUAAUAAUUUAUAAGAUCAUAUUAUGCUUGCUAACGCACGACAAACUUUUGGUGGACUGUCCAACUACAGCUUUGCCCAGCACAGCACAGCAUAGCCCAACGCAGCACAGCACAGCACCGCUUUCGGUGGA